UUCGCUGAGGCGGUGUGGUUGAGCGGAGCAUGCGCAGGUGUCCCGUCCGAGCUGAAGCGGUCGGUAUGGCUGCCAGCGGCAAGUCGUUCCUGUCCGAUGCGGGCUAUGGGGAGUAGGAGCUGGACGCGAACUCUGCUCUCAUGGAAGUCGACAAAGGUGAGGCCGAGCGGCCAUGGCAGUGCCUGCCUUGUAAUGUUGCCGUUAUGGUCCUCGGCUUCCACCGCCUGAGGGGCGGUGUUGUCUCGGCCCGCGGUCCUCAGCUGACGGGAGCUCGCUUUUGUACCGCCAGCGGGGGGUGGAGAGGGCAUGGCCGGGAAGCAGUGUCGGUGUCCGCAGUGGUUGUUGGUGUCUCGUUUAGGUCUCAGAUAUGGGAAGCUCGGAGAGCAGUGCGAAGCCGUCGUUCGUUUUUCCAGGCUCUCCCAGAAAUACCCGUUCCCCAUUCUCAUUAAUUCAGCUUUCCUAAAGUUGGCUGAUGUGUUCUGAGUCGGAAACAACUUCCUGAGGCUCUGUGUGCUGAAAGUUACUCAGCAGAGUGAGAAGCACUUAAGAGAAGAUCCUAAAUGUGGAUGAGUUCGUCAAAAGAGUCUUCUCCGUCAUUCACAGCAAUGAUCCAGUUGCUCGGGCCAUUACCCUUCGGAUGUUGGGCAGCAUGGCGUCUGUCAUUCCAGAAAGGAAGAAUGCACAUCACAGUAUUCGUCAAAGUUUGGAUUCCCAUGAUAAUGUGGAAGUUGAAGCUGCAAUAUUUGCUGCUGCCAAUUUUUCUGCACAAUCAAAGGAUUUUGCUGCUGGCAUAUGUAAUAAAAUCAGCGAGAUGAGACAAGGUUUGGCCACACCUGUGGACUUACUGAAGUUGAUCCCUAUUCUACAGCACAUGCAUCAUGAUGCUAGCCUAGCCUCCAGCUCCCGGCAGCUGCUCCAGCAGCUGGUAACAUCAUAUCCCUCCACCAAGAUGGUCAUUGUUACUCUGCACACCUUUACUCUGCUUGCUGCUUCUUCUUUGGUUGACAUUCCUAAGCAGAUCCAGCUUUUGUUGCAGUACUUGAAGAAUGACCCCAGGAAGGCUGUGAAGAGACUUGCAAUCCAAGAUUUAAAGUUGCUGGCCAACAAGACACCACAUACGUGGAGCAGAGAAAACAUUCAGGCACUCUGUGAAUCUGCUCUUCACACUCCUUAUGACAGCUUGAAGCUGGGCAUGCUGUCUGUUCUUUCCGUGUUAUCGGGGACCAUUGCCAUAAACAGUACUUCAGCACUGCUCCAGGUCUUUGCCGUUUCCAGUCCCAGGAGCUCUGCAGGAAGGGCCAACUCAUGCGAAUUGCAGAGCAACCAUCUUUCCCUCCUGCAUCCAGCCGGAGAGCAUAGCCUGUCAGCACUGACCGUGCUUUGCAAGGCUGGGAAAAACACCCCGAUGUGGAAGAGAGCAUCCACUCCGCUGAUGUCCGCAGGAGCAGCGUCUUCCCUUCUUGCUGCCAGCCCUGCUUCCCUCCCCGCGAUUUCCAGGUCAAAGACACAGCGAAGAGCCCGAGUCGGAGACUGCCAAAAAGUUCGGUAGAGGAAGCUCUGGCUCAGCGUCUUCACUGUUCGCACUGUUUGCGCUGCCUCGCCUCCGCUUUAACCCGCUCAGGCACUGCCGGCCGGGACAGCCCGCAGCCUCCACCGCAGAGGCGGGCAGGAGCAGCACGGCUGGGCCGGCAGCACUGUCCUGGCACUUACACGGAGGGAAGGGAGGAGAAGAAAAGUGAGAGGAAAAGGAGCAGAGGGAAAAUGCGAGUACGAAGAAGCCGCAGACAGCAAGGGAGAGGCAGGCGCGGGCUGCACUGGCACCCAGCGACGGCGGCCGGGACCGCUCCGGGAAGCGGCGGCGCCGGCUCCGGACCGGGCACCGCGACGGGAAGGGGAGUGGAGGAAUCUCUCCUGAGGACUGGGCUUCCCAAAGCCCCUGCUCCUAAACUGGAGGAGCUGGGAGUUUCUAAUAACCUACAUUUUGGGGCGGGGAGAAAGGAAAGGGAAAAAGAAAAAGGGAAAAAGGAAAAAAAUCCAAACCUCGACCUUUUCCCAUGUAGUCCUCAAGGGUGCUUGUCCAAGCCACGAAAAUGGGAAGUGCCUGGGGGAAGGUCGCAUGCAUUUCACUCUUUGUAUGGCACCAGACUGUGUUACUUUCCAGUGCAGCUGAAGGAGAAAUGAAGCCUUACUGGUGAGAACUGAACGAAUCUUUCCAGAUUCAUCUACCUGUGUUUCACAAGUCUGAGAGCAAAUCUGUCUUUUCCUGCAAGAUAAAAAACAUUUUGCAUUUCAUUUCAAAGAGACAAAGUUAAAUAGUGCUGCAUAACAAGGGCAAUGUUUCAAUAGGAGCCCCAGUAAUAGAUGUUCUAUGCUGAGUAGUUUUAUGUAGCAAUGACAACAUAGUCAAUUGAUGAAUAAGUUAAAAUGUUUUAGGACUCACUCAAAACCCACUCUAUAUAGCAGCGUAAGCAUGUCCAUUUUCCAGAUAGGCUACAUCCGUCAGUUAUACGAAGUGAAGGGAUAGGGAAAGCCUUCUGAUAUCAUGAAAAAUCUUUGAAUGUAGCAAGCUUUUCUUUGCCUUUCUACUGUGCUUAAUCUUACCCACCUAAUCCUGUACAGCCAUUCGCCUUACGGAAAUAUUUUGUGAUAUGGAGAAAUUCUGUAGAAGGAAACAGGAGUAUGCGAAUUAGAUUAUACCCAUAGCCUGGAUCCAUCUGGCACUGCCUGGUUUAGGAAAGCCAGAAGAGAUCAUACAAUUUCCUCACCUUCCUGCUAUGAUUUUUACAACUUAUCUUAAAAGUCUCCCUUUUUCCACUUGAAAACGACCCAGGACUGGAAAUAUGAGGGCUGUACUAACACAGACUGUAUAUUCUGGCUAAAACCAGAAGUCAUUCAUUCUAGCAGUACCCUGAUAUAUCUGGCAUGCUUAUAAAUUUGGGAACUAGGCAAUACAAGUUCUGAACCUCAUUUUUUUUCCACACCAAAUUAAACAUCUGAGUUUCACUUGCCAUUGCCCAGUGCUGCAGUUGGCUACAUAAUUGCCUCUUCCUAAUGAGCUGAAGCUCCACACAUCUUGUCGUUUGUAUGGUUUUGUGCUAUGGAUACAAGGAUUAGCAAGGAUUUAGGAUUAAGAUCACAUUCAAAAGAUGAAUAACUUACCACUUUGUGUAUUCCACCAGCAGGAAAGUUAAGUGAAGUGCCAGGCACUAUAGUGCCCUGUGAACUCCCAUCACCAGAGAAAGGUAUGGAGAAAAGUGGGUUUGACCUCAAAAUCAUGAAUCCCAGAGUUUAGGAGGCUACACUGGGAGCAGCCUCUACCCUUGCAUGCUGAGGGAGGGACCUCUGAGAAGUAAAGAGGUCCCUGGAGGCAGCAGGAAACUUCCUAUGUCCCAUGGGAGCAAAACCUCCCACACUCCCUCCCCACAGAUGUCAUGGCAGGAACAAGGAAAACUCCCUUUUGUGCUUCUGUAAACCUCAUCAAGCUCGAAAGUUAGCUGCUGCACCCCCACAAAACCUCUAGCUGAGACAGUAAUAGAAGAGAGGCAAUUUCUCAAGCAGGCUGAAAUUUCAGCCACUGCCAUUCUCCCACACAGUUCACACAGUGAACUCCCUUCUCCCAUUUAUAUUUUCAUUCCUCUCCCGAGUGCCAUGACAAGUUAGCUCUUUGCGCUUGGCACUUCAAUUACUCCCUCAGAGCACUUGAACUGCUGAGCCCUCCCAACAAAAUGAGGAUAAUGCAUAACGCUCAUCGUUUGCUGUGGUGCGUCUGUUUCCCCCUUCCCAGGUUUGCAACCUGACUGGAGAGGCACAAGCACUGACAGCUGAACAAAUCCCAUGACACCAAAGGAGCCCUGAGGUUCAGGGCUGCCCAGCACAGCAAAAGGGGAUGCUCCCUUCCUUAGUCCUUCCCAGAAGUAUUACUCUUCAUACCACCCACAUGAAUAGCCACUUUCAGAUGCAGUGACCAAGGCACAGAAGCGGAAGUGUCAGACAUUUCCAGCCCGAGCAGCCUUUAGCAACAUUAGCAGCUGAAAUCAACACCACUUAGCUUCUGUCUGUCAAGGCUUGAACUGGACUGCUUCUUAUUAAAAAAA